UAGCAAAAACUUCUAAUUGAAAUCGACAACACUUCCAAGAACCAGUGCCGUACCCAACCCGAAGCGAAGAUGGCGUCACUCGACUCCGACGUGAACAUGGUCCCGGCCGGCGAAGGAUCCUCAGGCGCCGGGACCUCCAACACCAACCCGUCGUCCUCGUCGUCGGCCAAGAAAGCGAAGCGAUUCGAGAUCAAGAAGUGGAAUGCCGUCGCUCUGUGGGCUUGGGAUAUCGUGGUCGAUAACUGUGCUAUUUGCAGGAACCAUAUCAUGGAUCUGUGCAUCGAGUGUCAGGCUAAUCAAGCUAGUGCGACAAGUGAGGAGUGCACAGUCGCUUGGGGUGUCUGUAACCAUGCCUUCCAUUUUCACUGCAUCAGCAGAUGGCUCAAGACACGUCAAGUCUGUCCACUUGAUAACAGCGAGUGGGAGUUCCAAAAGUACGGGCACUAGAAGUUAUCACCGGACCUGAACUGAAGUAUAUAUUUGCUUUUGUUCAUGGAGAUUGUAAUUGCCUGGUGAGUUUUGGGAAAUAUGUGGUUGGGGCAAUUGCCGUUGAGAAGAAUAUGUCCGUACUUAAAGUUCUCUAUUUCAAUCAUGUUGUUUUUCUUUAACUUGCAGCAGAACUCAGAAAUAUAUUUUUCGUCAAUGAUGUUUAUUAUAUAAUUCGGUCUGCGAAUCCUUGUGUGUGUGAGUGUUGAGAUAAUCCAUAUUUGCUAGUUGAAUUCUGAAUAUUUU